GCAUCGGGGCACAGCAUCACAGUCAUAUUUUUCUCUCACAGUCAACACAACAAACAAAAUUUUUUUUCCGAAAAAAAAAUAGUUUAGCAAAUAGAUCAUUACCGAAUGUAUUCUGAAGAUAUUGAAAGCUAUGCGCAGAGUGAGGAGGGAGAUAUGCGCUUGGAUUCGAGUAAUCCAUAUUUGAAAUGGAACCGUCAAAUUGGCAAAAAUGGGCAGACAGCAGAGAUGGCCAAGGAUAAAGUCGAAUAUCAUGUGCUGGGCACGGCUAGGCACUACAAGGUGUUGGAGACGCUGAGCAAGUCACAAAGAUUCAUCACCAAGCUGCCGGAUGACACUGUAAAGACCGCCCAAGUUAGAAAGGCGAAGUCCGUGGAACAGAUGAAUGUGAAGCCUGUGGUCAGUGCACACAAAGUAAUGCCCAGGGUGAGGCUGCCAACCCAAAACGAUGUUUGUCGAAAUGGAUCGAUUACCACUCGCCAAAUUGCCCGGAACAUGGUGGAGAGUCAGAUGAAGCGCAUCAAUGAGCUGGCCAAGGCCAAGAAGAAGCGCCGCAAGCAAUGCAAAUGCAAUAAGCGUUUUGGAAAAUUGACUCGUCUCCUGACAAGCGCACACGUGCCCAUCUCCCUAGCGACUUCCUCGCCAAUUUUGCAAUACAUAAGCGAGUUCAUGUGCGAGCUGAUGUCCAUACUCUGCUUGCUCUUUGUGAUGGGACUGCUGAUUAUGUGCUAUUUGUACUCUAGGCCUCGUAAACUAACGUUCAUGCAGCGUCUGUUCUGCUUCAUUUUUUCGUAUUUUUUUAGCGAUUCCUGUUACGAUUCUGAUUUAUUUUAGGAAUGAAAUCCUAAUUAAAUGUUACAAAUAUUAAC